AUGGGUACCCCCUGCUGGGUGGGUACAGGGGCCGCUGGGAGCGAUGGAGCAGGGUGGGCACUGCGGUCACUGGGAGCGGUGGGAACACACUGGGCACACUGGGAUAGGGCGGCGGCCGAGNAGCUGGCCCACGGCAGCCCCACGGCCCGCAUCGAGGGCUUCACCAACGUCAAGGAGCUCUACGCCAAAAUCGCCGAGGUCUUCGACAUCUCGCCCACCGAGAUCCUCUUCUGCACGCUCAACACGCACAAAGUGGACAUGCAGAAGCUGCUGGGGGGACAGAUUGGCCUGGAGGAUUUCAUCUUUGCCCAUGUCCGGGGCGAGACCAAGGAGGUGGAGGUGACCAAGACAGAGGACGCGCUGGGCCUCACCAUCACAGACAACGGGGCCGGCUACGCCUUCAUCAAGAGGAUCAAGGAGGGGAGCAUCAUCAACCGGCUGCAGACAGUGUGUGUGGGGGACAGCAUCGAGGCCAUCAACGACCACACCAUCGUGGGCUGCCGGCACUACGAGGUGGCCCGGAUGCUGCGGGAGCUGCCGCGGGCCCAGCCCUUCACCCUCCGCCUGGUCCAGCCGAAAAAGGCCUUCGGUGAGUAGGGGAGGUUCCCCUGCUCUUGCCCUGGGGACCUUGGGAUCGUCCUCAGGCCCCUGUGGCCCUGGAGCCCCUCCCCAGGGACCGAGU